AUGGUGGUGGUCGUAGUACCGGUAGUCGUAGAUGUAGUUGUAAUCACUACGUAUAUCUCGGGCUCAAAGACUGGGGCGGGCUGGGUGGCUGAGUUUGUCUUGGUCAUUAGCAGCAGCAGCAGCAGUAGUAGUAGUAGUAGUACCGGUAGUAGUAGUAGUACCGAUAGUAGUAGUAUCUUUAUGGUGCACGAACCACCUACCACCUCUCUCCACCACACUUGGUGCCCUCACCCCCUUCCCCCUUCCCCCAUCCCCCUUCCCCCUUCCCCCUUCCCCCUCCCCACCACCUCAUCCAUCCCACACAGGGCAACCAAAACCCAAACUGCCCUGCCCGUACUUCUCGGCCGCCGGACUCCUGCUGAUAACAGGACCGCACUUCCCGACGUCCUUCAACCUCUACCACAAUCUCGUCUUUUUCUGUAUCCCUUAUCCAAACCGCCUCCUACUGUGGUCGCACAAACCGAAAGCCGGUGUCCUGCUGCUUCAGCCGGCGCCGUUCGGCUCCUCUAUUCUCAAGGCUCAUCCGUUCACAGUUGUGCGUACGCCAUCCAGCCUCCAUCCUCUAUCCUCUAUCCUCCUCAACUCCGAAUCCAAAUCCAAAUUCCAAAGACCGCCAAGAUGUUGAUCAAGGGCGAAAAGUAUGCCUGCGAUGCAUGCGUGAGAGGCCAUCGGGUCAGCAAUUGCCAGCACUCUGACCGGCCAUUGCAACACAUCAAUAAAAAGGGUCGCCCAGUCUCCCAGUGCACUCAUUGUCGAACACUUCGCAAGUCACGCUCCGCGCAUGUACGCUGCGAUUGUGGUGAGAAGGCGCAUGCCAAGGGGGCUUGUGGACACGAUACCGGUGCAGAUAUUUCUGAUCGUAGACAUACAGAUAGCUGCUGUUGCAGCCACACUGGCCGGUGUACCUGUGCUCUGAAGAAGGAACAUUUGGAUCCUGUCCCUGAAACAGAUUCCGAUAAUCCGUCAAUGUCCUCGGCCCCGAAAGCCGGGAAACCUAGACCCCGUGCUCUUACAGCACAAUCUGACGGAGGUUUGACCGUUUUCACGAACGGUCACCACAAGCCGGUACACAAGCAUAAUAAUAUGGCCUCUAAAUGCGGUUUGCCAUACGUUGUCCCGAGGGCACACUCAAUUCAUGUUCCAUCUCCCACUGGUCUCGCGAACAGAUCUGUCGAUAACCUCCCUUAUACCAACACCAUUGAUGCGUUGCGUAGCGAUUCACAUAUUAAGGAUUCCAUGUUCGGUGCACAGCAGGAGCAACGAAUGGCUAAGUCUGAGCAUGGGUCACCACUUGUGAGUCCACAACAAAACCAGUCAAAUUUGGAAUAUUUGAACGGUCAGCUCCCACCCCUGGACUUGACAGUCAUCCCCGAUGACUUCAAUUACCUGCUACCUGUGGAUGGCCCCCCCGUAUUCUCUGCCGGUCUCAGCUCAGGAUCCAUUGACUGGUCGCACUACGACGGGCUGGACUUUAAUAGCGAUAGCCUUGCCACGUCAUCGUAUAGCCAAGCUCCAUCGUUCACUGGUUUCGAUUUCGGCAGUAUAGAUCAACCUCAACCUGGUCUCGCAUCGACAUCGACAUCUGGCGAAAUUUCCGAAGUUGAAGACUAUCUACCCUUGGCCGAUACCACCAGUGGGACAAGACCAUCUUUGCUCAAGAAUCAAUAUGGCUCCGACCAUGACAAAUCCGACCUUGGAGACAUUGAUGGGUUCCGACUCAGCACAGCAUCUUCGUACAUUGGACUGCCCCAAGCUCAGCUGCUUGCGAGCAACAACUUUGAUUCCCUCGACAUGGAUACUUUCUUGAACGGUGUCCAAACAACAUCUGGUGCGUACGUGGACAACGGAAUGUCAACGGCUGUUUACGUUGAUGAUGGCAAGACUGGUCCCUCUCCAUCAACUUUCGAUGACAGCACACACUUCCAGCUUCCCGAGGGAGAAAGUGACCCAUUUUGGAUUCAGAGUUUCUCACCUCUCGGCGUUCCCAUCAACCAAGCACAAAGCGAAAAUUUUGAAAACCCUCACUGGGCUCAAUAA